CCCACACGACUCAUUCCUUGAAAAUCCAGUUCAACUUUUAUUCCAAAUUUGAAGAUCGAACCUCAGAAUCCAAGAUCUGCCUCUGAUUUGGUCCAUCUGCAAUUCCCCCUGUAUUUAGCUUGAUACGCUGAAGAUAGCGACCCGGGUACCGCAAUUGGGUGCGCUCGAUCGGAAACGGAGUUUGCAGGGAGGAGCAGCGUUUCCGGUGACACAAGCUGGUAGAACUCAGAAUUAAAAAAUGGACGAUAGCAUGAAGCAAUUCCAGAAUAUCUUAAUUGAGCAUGAGACCCAGGCUGAGCAACUCUUUCUAGCCAAACACCAACUGGUUGAAAAUGAUAGGAUGAGAAAUGGGAACAGAGAAGCACUUACAUCUUUGAGGAAGAUAGCUCGAACAACAAAAACUAGUGUUCCAUCUCCUUUUGAGUCAAUGAUGAAGGAGAUUGGAGGAGCUCAAUCAAGAUCCCUGGUAAAGGAGGUAUGCCCCACUUGUGGCAAGCAUGACUCAAAUGAGCGCACAUGGAUGAUGUUUCUGGGAACUGAUGUCUUUGCUAGUAUUCCAUUUCAUGCUGCGCAUACCAUCUUGGAGAAAGAUCAAGAACAACUCGACUUUGAUUCCAGACGGCUACAAAGCACUAUGAAGGAGAAAUCUCUUGUGCUUUCAGAAACAGGUGCCCUUGCUGACAAGAUCUGUCCUGGUGUGCUGAAAUCCUUGGUAACCCUGACAGACAAACCUAAGUGAGUUCCCUCAGCUUGAUGCAAUAUAAUCACUUUCGGUUGCACCCUACGGAGAAAGGAACAAAAAGGAAAUUUUCCCCAACAGUGUCAGUAGCAACAAUUCUGUAAACUAGUGUUGAAAAUUUUGAAGUCUUAGCUACUCCUACUGCACCUAUUGUCAGCAUUCACCUAAUGGAAAUGCUGGAUAUUGUCACACACUUCAAAUGUGUGGCGGUUUGAAAACUUCGCAUACCUCUUUUCCAGUGUUGAAACUUUUUUAUUACUUUAUCCGCCAAGUCCUUGAGUUCAAGUUGCUAUGUAUGUGAUUACGUUCGGUUUGCCACU